AAAAAACUCAAGGUACCGGUCAGAUAUUUCAGUCAUUUUGCUACUUUCUGAAAACCCCAGCCAACAAUGAUCAGUCCGGAUUGAAGAAGAAUCAGAAAUGACGAUUUCUACACUAGUCACAAUCCCUCCUUUCACUCUACCUUCCUCAUCCACAAAACCACAUCUCCUAACUCCAACACCCACUCGAGGUUACUCAUCCUCGAUUUCUCCACGAGUAUUGAAUCAAAACAGGACUCGAAGUUGCAGUCUUUUCCACCCACUACGCCGUAACUUCACCAGAUGCUGCUCCUCCUCCUCUUCUUCUCCAGAUGGAAAACCCAAUGAAGAACCAGAAGGAAACGCAAGCAUCAUCCAGCUUCCAUCUCUCGGCGUCAACCCAGUUAAAUUCGCGAUAUGCGUUGUCUUCUGGGCCUCUCUCUCUUUGCUUUGGUUCGCUAGGUCCGGCGAUGCCAAAGCCGCCGCUGAUUCCAUCAAAUCAUCCAGCUUUGGGCUCAGAAUCGCCGCCGCUCUCCGCCACUUUGGCUGGCCGGACGAAGCUGUGGUGUUCGCUUUAGCCACGCUUCCGGUUAUCGAGCUACGUGGUGCUAUUCCCGUCGGUUACUGGAUGCAGCUUAAACCUACUCUUCUCACUUUCUUCUCUGUUCUCGGAAAUAUGGUUCCGGUUCCAUUCAUCAUACUUUACCUCAAAAAGGUGGUGACUUUCUUAGCGGGUAAGAGCCAGACAGCUUCCAAAUUACUUGCAAUAUUAUUGAAAAGCGCUAAAGAGAAAGCUGGGCCUGUGGAAGAGUUCCAGUGGUUAGGGCUAAUGCUCUUCGUAGCUGUUCCAUUCCCUGGGACCGGUGCUUGGACAGGAGCUAUAAUAGCGUCUAUCCUCGACAUGCCCUUCUGGUCUGCUGUCUCGGCUAACUUCUGUGGGGUUGUGUUAGCGGGACUGCUUGUGAACUUGCUGGUGAAUCUUGGUUUGAAAGAAGCUGUUGUGGCUGGUAUUGCUCUCUUCUUUGUAUCCACGUUUAUGUGGAGUGUUCUCAGGAACGUUAGCAAGUCUAUAAGACCGUCUUUGCCUUGAAUUGGCUUUACAUUGAAGAAGCGUAUUAUUAUUGUUCUUGGUUAUUUUGUGAAAAAUCGAAAGAUGUUUUGGUCUC